AUGUCACAAGAGCUUAGGGACUACCCGUUGGUGACCGCGGUAGAUUUACGGAGUCGUCGUGAACGGCCGAAGCGGGUAAAGAUGCUAACAAGAGAUUUCAUCGAAGACAGUCUAUACAACCCGCAUUACGGAUAUUUCUCGAAGCACGCGACUAUCUUUACACCCGGUGAACCGUUCGAUUUUAAUAACAUAGAGGAUGGGCCUGCAUUCAACAAGCUAUUGGACCAGCGUUAUGUGGAAUUUGAAGAUAAACUUGACGAGGUCAAUUACGAUGAAACUCGACAGCUGUGGCAUACGCCUACUGAGCUCUUCCGACCUUAUUAUGGGGAAGCUAUUGCUCGGUAUCUCGUUACGAACUACAAAUUGACUUUGUUCCCAUACCACGACCUCAUAAUUUACGAAAUGGGAGCAGGAAACGGGACGAUGAUGCUCAACAUUUUGGAUUACAUACGGGAUGUCGAGCCAGAAGUAUACCAAAGAACCAAGUAUAAGAUCAUUGAAAUCUCUAGCAGUCUUGCCAGCCUGCAACAGCGGAAUCUCAACCACUCUAUUCAUGCGGGCGGUCAUGGUGGUCAUGCCGAAAUCAUCAAUCGAUCAAUAUUUGACUGGGACACGUAUGUUCAUUCGCCAUGCUUUUUCCUAGCUUUGGAAGUGUUUGAUAAUUUUGGCCAUGAUGUGAUUCGCUAUGAUAUGGAGACCGGGCAACCUAGGCAGGGUUGUGUUCUCAUUGACUCUGAUGGGGAGUUUUACGAAUAUUACGUGCCAGACUUGGAUCGUUCUGCUGCUCGCUUUCUCCGUGUCAGGCAGGCAGCAGCUCGUCGGCCAUUUACCACGCCGUUAGGACCUCGACUGUGGCGCAAGCUUCAAACAGCUCUUCCAUUUGCGCCCAACAUGACAUUGCCAGAAUAUAUUCCGACCCGGUUAAUGCAAUUUUACGACAUUUUGCACGAUUAUUUCCCAGCCCAUCGUCUUAUUGCGAGUGAUUUUGACUCUCUCCCUGACGCUGUACCUGGUUUCAAUGCUCCCGUUGUCCAAACCCGAUACCAACGGAGGAAUGUCCAGGCCACAACACCAUAUGUACAUCAAGGAUACUUUGAUAUAUUCUUCCCUACUGAUUUCAAUGUGAUGGAAGAUGUAUAUCGAGCGAUUACUGGGAAACUUACUCGGCUAACGGGGCAUGACGACUUCAUGAAACGUUGGGCGUAUCUCGAAGAUACUCAAACGAGAAAUGGCGAGAACCCUCUCUUAAGCUGGUACAAAAAUGCCAGUGUGAUGAUAACUGUAUAA